CUUCACUUUUCCAACUGGGCAGACACGUCAUUUUUCCAGCUGGUCAGCUAAUUCCAAAGUAUUGACUAUGUGGAAAAGCUAAACAGCAUCAACACAGACGGUCAUCUUUUCUGGAGUUAACACUACUGAUUUUCCCUGUGAGUUGGUUCCUGAAAGAGUUCAAAACUGUUUCUCCAACGCUUUUUCCAAAAACUCAGACUGUUUUCUACAGCAGACGUGGUCCAGCAAUCCCAACCGGAAGUAAUGGGAAGCGUGCGAGCCCACCGCUACAGCAUUGUGUCCUCAGAAGAAGACGGAAUGAAGCUGGCCACUAUCGGUGUGCCCAAUGGUUAUGGAAAUGGUAAUGCUGGGGGCAAGGUGCACACACAUCAUCAGACACAGUGCCGCUUUGUGGACAAAGAUGGGCACUGCAAUGUGCAGUUUAUAAACAUGAGUGAGAAGGGCCAGCGGUACCUUGCUGACAUUUUCACAACCUGUGUGGACAUUCGUUGGCGCUGGAUGCUGGUUAUCUUCUGCCUGUCUUUCCUCCUCUCUUGGCUGCUCUUUGGUUUUGUGUUUUGGUUAAUCGCGUUGGCAAAUGGAGAUUUGGUAAAUGAAGAACAGAUAUGUGUUUCGAACGUUGACAGCUUCACGGCAGCGUUCUUGUUUUCUGUGGAAACACAGACAACCAUUGGAUACGGUUAUCGCUACAUAACAGAGGACUGCCCUGUUGCAGUCUUCAUGGUCGUCUUUCAGAGCAUUUUUGGAUGCAUCAUCGAUGCCUUCAUCAUCGGUGCAGUCAUGGCAAAGAUGGCUAAGCCCAAGAAAAGGAAUGAAACACUGGUCUUUAGCCAUUAUGCUACAAUUGCCAUGAGGGACACUAAGUUGUGCCUGAUGUGGAGGGUGGGAAACUUGCGGAAAAGCCACUUGGUGGAAGCUCAUGUCCGUGCACAGCUCCUCAAGUCUCGAACCACAGUCGAGGGAGAAUACAUUCCCCUGGAUCAAAUGGACAUUGAUGUUGGGUUUGACACUGGCAUUGACCGGAUAUUUUUGGUGUCCCCCAUUACCAUCGUUCAUGAGAUUGAUGAAGACAGUCCGUUCUACGACAUGAGCAAGCAGGAGUUGGAAAACUCAGAAUUUGAAAUAGUGGUCAUUCUGGAAGGAAUGGUAGAAGCUACUGCCAUGACCACACAGUGCCGCAGCUCUUAUAUAGCAAGCGAGAUUUUGUGGGGUCAUCGGUUCGAGACCGUUCUCUCAGAGGAGAAAAAUCUUUAUAUGGUGGACUAUGCAAAGUUUGAAAACACGUAUGAGGUUCCCAGCACUCCGCAGUGCAGUGCCAGAGAUCUUGCAGAGAAAAAGUACAUCCUGACUGCGUCCAACUCCUUUUGUUAUGAGAAUGAAAUAGCUCUGAUGAAUAAAGAAGACAUUGAUGAAGAUGAAGAACAUGAGGAUGUUAAGAAUGACCUAUUCGGUGAGAGAGCAGAGGGCACAAACACCGACCUAAUCUCUGAAUCAGCGUCCAGUCAGGAAACAGUACUCCUGGAGGCCAGACCACUCAGAAGAGAAUCUGAAAUAUGAUUGCUAGAAUAUGGUGGUCUGGUUUUAAUAUGCUAGAAGACCAAAGAUAAAAUAAGGGAAUAAGAUGAAUGUCUGGUAUUUAAAAAAAUAACAAAGGACAACAAAAAAACACAGUUUUCAAUAUAUUUUUAAUGUCUUUAUAUAAAGUUUUUAACAGAGUAUGUAUUGUUAAUGUUGCACUUGGAUGAAGAGAGACACAUUGUUUUUUGUUCCAGGUAUGCAUCUUAGUAAUACAAAUUAGAAUAUUUGUACUUUUUCAUAUUUGUCUAAAACUAAAAGUAUUUCUGGUUUACUUCACAUUCUUUGACAUUUCUGUUAAUGAGCUGGUCUCUUAACUUUUCCCCAUAUGUGUCAUGUAGCUUAAUGUCACCAGAUGAUAAGCAUUUGCUGCAUUCAUGUUAAGAAAUUAGUUUAAAAAAUGUCAAAUUUCUUGCAAAAUGUGAGUAAGUAAUGAUGUAAAAUGAUGAGUGUGUUAGUAGUGUAUGUAUAAGUACACUGUAAAUUUUGAAAUCAGUUUCUCAUUUAGUACUUUUGCCUUUUUACUAAAUUUCUACAGCAAACCUACCUGCAUUUAAAAGCUUUAUUAACCUAUAAAUAAAGCAUUUCAUUUUAUGCUACUAAUAUGUUAUAAGUGGUAAUAUACUAUGUCUUAAAUUGCAUACUGAGAGUCAGUUUACUUUCUGUAUUAUCAGCUUCAGUUUGCACUUCUGACUUUUCAUUGUAAAAUUAUAACAAAAAUGCAUCAAAUAUUUUUUCUUUCUUUAACUGAUCAGAUUUAAUAUAUUCAGUUCAGUUUUAGCUCUGGUCAGGAGCUAAAAGUAACAACAAUGUUUAAGCUAACAGAGGUUAUAGCAUAAUAGAGUUUAUUAGUGUUUGCUUUAUUCUUUAAGCAUAGUUUUUUAAAUUGAGGUUUUACCUUUUUGAGAUGAUUUGGAGAAAAUGUAGCAAUGAGGAAAUCUGUAUAUUUUAAAUGUAAUAUAUUUUAGGUUCUGUUCAUUUUUGGAAGCCAAUGUUUGUCAUAAGUGACGAUUAAAUAAAAUAUAAGUUUUAAAAUAAAUCAACAACAGUAAAAACAACUGAAAAAAACUUCCCAGAUAUACAAGUCAUGCACUGGUGUUUAACAGCUGAUGUAAGUGUGUAUAAAAGGAUCUUUUUAUUGUUUUUGGAGGAUAGAAAAUAAAAAAAAACAGUACCUACAGUACUACAGUACCUACAGUACUUGAUACAAACCAAAAUAACGUACCUCUCAAGAAGUUGGUUAGAGAGUGCCAAAUUUAAGAGCUGUCAUGAUUGAACAUCAGAUUUAAACAUGUGAAACUAUGCUGGGGCAGAAAAACUCAACCACUACAGAUGCUGUGUUUAUGGUGUAAAGAUGGUGACUCAUACAUUUAAAAGAGGCUUACAUUUUUGUUUUCAGUUUACACCAUUGGCCAGCAUCAAACAUCAACAUGACAAAUGAUGAGCUAGAUUAUUAACAGAUAACCUGUAAAGAGGAAAAUGAUUGUAUUGUAUUACAAAUCCGCAGUUAAAUCUCACAUAAAAACAUUCCACUGUGAUCCCUUUUUCAUUUUUGUAAUGCAUCAGUCAGUCCUCUCUUUUAUUAAAAAAAAAGCUGCUGUUUUAUUCAAAUUCAGAUCCACUUAAUGAACCAGGAUCUAUGAUCCAGGCCUCUGUAAACAAAUAGAGAAUUGAUUAGGCAGAAAAUGUAGCAAGUGUAUUUGAUUUGGUUGAACACAAAGCCUGGAUUUAGCCCCGGGCUUUUUUCCACAUUAGAGAGCUGAAUGUCCUCUGAGCUAAGGAUUUUCAUGGUCGUCAGCAGUUAACACAUUCUAUGCCACAGUGUCCUCUAGAAACAAAGGCCACCAUUAGCAUUUGGUGGUGUUAGUCCAGAAAUCAAUUAAUUUAAAAAAUAGGUAUAAUAGGUUUUAUUGUACUUUUUCUAUCUUACUGCAUUAUACACUUACACAGUGUGUAUUUAUUGUUUUCUAUGUGGUUUAAGACUAACUUUUAUCUGAUUAGA